AUGGCAACGACCCCAGCUGUCUCCACAUCUACCACUGAACGAGCAGAGGAAGAAGGAAAACAACCCCAAUCUAAACAAGCCGCAGAAAAACCCAAAUACAAGAGAGAAAAGGGGCCUGCAGUGUCGAUGCUCAAGCUGUUCCGUUUUUCUACACCUAAAGAACGAGUGCUGCUUGUGCUAGCAGUUAUAUUUUCCAUUGGCUCAGGAGCAUUACAGCCUGUCUCAAUUCUGAUUUACGGUACAUUCAUCAACAACCUCACUGGAUCACUCAAUGAUCCCAGUUCACUGUUAGAAACAACAUUGCCCGUCAUUCACAUCAUGGCUUACAUGGGUACAGCGUCCCUCAUUGCAGCUUACCUGUCCAAUUGUCUGUGGGUCAUGACAGGUGAAAGUCAGACCAGACGCAUUCGAUCCCUGUAUUUGCAUUCAGUGCUAAAACAAGACAUGAGUUGGUAUGAUAAAGCAGCUGAUGGAUCGCUCAAUACACGUUUGGCAUCCGACACGCAGUUGAUUCAAGAUGGCAUUUCAGAAAAAAUGGGCUUACUGGUGCAAUUGAUUGCUCAGUUCAUUGGUGGUUUUAUCGUGGCAUUUGUGAAAGGCUGGCAAGUGGCAGUCAUCAUGCUGGCAACACUGCCUCUGAUGUUUGGUACAGGAAGAGUGAUGGCUUAUUUUAUCACUAAAUACACUGUCAUGGGUCAACAAUCCUACGCUCUUGCUGGAUCAGUAGCAGAAUCAUGCUUCCAGUCCAUUCGCACCAUCUACUCAUUCACCUUGCAAAAGCGAUUCUCCAAGCGAUACGACGAAAAGCUGGAAGAGGCAUGUCAAUUCGGUAUCAAGCGUGGUGUGUCCUUGGGUCUUGGUUUCGCUACCUUUAUGUUUAUACUCUUUUGUACCUAUGGUUUAGCCUUGUGGUACGGAUCAACAAAGGUUGUGCAGGGUGAACUAACUGGCCCUGCUGUGUUUGUUGCAUUCUUGGCUAUGAUGAUGGGUUCCAUGAGUAUGAUCCGUUUACCUGUUAAUCUGUCGGCUGUGUCCAGCGCCCGUGGUGCUGCCUACAAGGUGUACCAAAUCAUUGAUCGUGUACCUGAUAUUGAUGUUGACGCAACAUCAGGUCUUACCCCUGACAAGGUGGUAGGUGCUAUCGAAUUCAAGAAUGUCCAUUUCAAAUACCCCACGCGUCCUGAUCUCACCAUCUUGCAAGACCUCUCAUUAAACAUCAAUCCGGGUAUGACUGUAGCAUUUGUUGGACCUUCGGGCUCUGGCAAAUCAACCACUAUUCAACUUGUUCAACGUUUCUACGAUGCACUUACUGGCGAAGUCUUGUUGGAUGGCAACAAUGUCAAGGAUCUCAAUGUCAAAUGGCUUCGCCAGCAAAUUGGCGUUGUGAGCCAGGAGCCAGUUUUGUUCAAUAUGACCGUUAGACAAAACCUGUUGAUGGGUGUUGAUGCUGAUGUGUCAGAGAAGCAGAUUAUCGCUGCUGCUAAAGAAGCCAAUUGCCAUACCUUCAUCACGCAACUACCUGAUGGAUACGAUACACUGGUCGGCGAUGCUGGCGGUAUGUUGUCUGGUGGUCAGAAGCAGCGAAUUGCUAUUGCGCGUGCUAUUUUAAAGAACCCUACUAUUUUGUUGUUGGAUGAGGCAACCUCUGCUUUGGAUACUCAAUCUGAACGUCUGGUUCAAAACGCCCUUGAUAAGGCAUCUGCUUCUCGCACAACGAUUGUUGUUGCUCAUCGUCUAUCUACCAUUAUGAAGGCUGAUAUGAUUGUGGUGUUGGAUCACGGUGUCAUUGUCGAACGUGGCACGCAUCAACGACUCAUUGAAUUGGGCGGUAUCUAUGCUGAUCUCGUCAAGAAGCAAGCAAUUGAUACGGAGGAAACCGAAGAAGCUGGAGCCGCGCGUCAUGAUGAAUUAGACGCUGAAGAAUUACUAAGACAAGAAGAGUCUGAAGUCAAGCAACAAAUCUUGGAAAAGGAGCGUCAUGGCCUUACCAGAGUGGUCACCAACUUAUCCGCGCGCAGUGAUGAAAAGUACAUUGGCACUGAAGGUGGCAAAGAAAUUGAUGCGUACGAAAUUAAACUUGCUGAGCAAAAGCGAAUCAAGAAGGAAAUGAAGAAACAAAAGGCCCCUAUGUGGAAGGUGCUGAAACAUAUGCGUCCUGAAUGGAACUACCUCGGUGCCGGUGUGGUAGGCUCUGCUAUAGCUGGAUGCAUUUUCCCCGUGUAUAGUUUCAGUUUCUCCAGAGUCAUCUCUAUUCUCAGUGUGCCUGGCCAAGAGAUCCAGCCUGGUCCUCUCCAAGGCACCAACUUGUACUCGUUUAUCUUUGUCAUGAUUGCUAUUGCUUCCUUUAUCGGCAAUGGCACUCAGUUCUGUGCUUAUGAAGUCUGUGGUGAAAAGUUUUCCAAGCGAUUCCGACUGGAGGUAUUCGAUGCCUACCUGAAACAGGAGGUGGGCUUCUUUGAUUUGGAAGAAAACAACAGUGGUGCUCUCACAACUCGUUUGGCUGUCGAUGCCCGAAAUGUAAGCGAGAUGGUGACAAAAACAUGGGGAGAUUUGACGCAACUCGUUGCUACUAUCGUUGCUGCAUUCAUUAUUGCUUUUAUCCACAGUUGGGCUCUCUCGUUGGUUGUCUUGUGUAUGGCGCCUUUCCUCUGUGCUGCUACAGCUUACGAGUUCCGUGUUCAACGUGGGUUUGAGGAUGAAACGAAAAAAGCAAAUGCCGAGAGCGGGCAAGUGGCUGGCGAAGCCAUCCGUGAAGUGAGAACAGUGGCUGCCUUGAACAAGCAAGCCUAUUUCGAAGAACGUUACUAUCUGGCUACAGACCGUCCUCACAGAUUGGCUAUGAAGAAGGCUUAUCUAUCAUCCAUUGCUGCUGGUCUCGGUAAGGGCAUCAACAUCUACACAUCGGCUCUUGCUUUCUACGCUGGUGCUCGUUUUAUCCAAAGUGGCAUGAUUGAUUUCCAACAAAUGUUUACUAGUAUGACUGUCAUUAUGACAGCUGCUGAAUCUGCUGGUCGUUCCACCACCUUUGCCUCUGCCUUUAGUAAAGCCAAGUACGCCGCCAUUGCCUCUUAUGCUGUUAUUGAACGUGAGUCCAAGAUUGACCCUGAGUUGGAGGGCAUUGAACCACCUGUUGGCACUGUAAAGGGCGAUGUCGAAUUCAAACAUAUCAAGUUUGUUUAUCCUGCUCGUGAAGAUGUUACUGUAUUCAAUGGUGAGUUUAAUCUCCAUGGUAAAGCCGGCCAAACAAUAGCUCUUGUUGGCCCCUCUGGCUGUGGUAAAUCAACUACUAUUGGCAUGCUGCAGCGUUGGUACGAUCCCCUCAAGGGUGCUGUCGCUUUGGAUGAUACCAAUGUCAAGAACUACUCUCUCUACAACUUGCGUAGUCAUAUGGCCAUCGUGUCUCAGGAGCCUACUUUGUUUGAUUUAACCAUCGAUGAAAACAUUCGUUUCGGUAUCGAAGAAUCCAAGCAGGUGUCUCAGCAAGAAGUCGAAGAUGCUUGCAAAGCUGCCAAUAUUUAUGAUUUCAUCUCUAGUUUGCCAAACGGAUUCGCAGAGAGGGUGGGUAGCAAAGGCUCUCAGUUAUCUGGUGGUCAAAAGCAGAGAAUUGCUAUUGCACGUGCACUUAUUCGUAAGCCCAAGGUCUUGCUGCUGGAUGAAGCUACCAGCGCUCUGGACAGUGAUAGUGAGAAAUUGGUGCAACAAGCUCUAGAUAACAUUUUGGAAGAAGGAGGAAGAACCACCAUUACCAUUGCUCAUCGGUUGUCUACCAUUCAAAAUGCCGAUUUGAUUUGUGUUGUCAAAGAUGGCCGUGUGAUUGAACAAGGCACUCAUUUUGAAUUACUGGCUCUUGAUGGUACCUAUGCUGAGUUGGUACAUGAGCAAUCCUUGUCCGUCUUAUAG